AUUAUUUUUGACGGUCCAUAAAACAUUGAGAAGAAGAAGACGGCGAGGACGACCCGAUAUCCCAGAAUCCUCUGCGCGGCCACGAAGAAGGACAUCUUUCGUUGAAGAGGACACAGCAAGAGGCGUCGCAAGAUCGUUUAGACGUGUGCUUGAAGCUGAUUAACAAUGGCUGAGACUAUUGAGGAGAAGCUGAAGAACUACAGGACUGCUCCAUUUGACGCCCGAUUCCCUAACACCAACCAGACCCGCAACUGUUACCAGAAUUACCUGGACUUUCACAGGUGCAACAAGGCCCUGACAGCCAAAGGCCAGGAUCUUACUCCCUGUCAAUGGUACAUGAGGGUUUACAAGAGCCUCUGUCCCAUGAGCUGGGUUGCUAAGUGGGACGAGCAGAUAGAAAAUGGAUCUUUCCCAGGGAGGAUCUGAAAUGUCCAACCAUUAUGGAUCAGGACAGUCAACUGCGGGACAUUCUGUUACUUGCACCUUUACCUCUAUAGUGUAUUGUACUUAAUGAAAUAUUCAAACAGCUAUCACAUUACCAUCAUUGAUGUUACUUAAACUGUUAACUUAAACUAUAAACACGCACAAGUUUUUACCCUGCAUGUCAAGGUUUGAAAUUUGUUUUCAGUCUCUACUCUUCAGCAUUGUUUAAUCAAUAAAUAUAAUGCAGAUUUAA